AGUUGAGGUUGACAUCGAACUAAAAACUUUUUCACCGAACAAAACAAAAUUCAUCUGCUUUCUGCUUGCUUCUGAAGUUAAGGAUUGAAGUGCAUUAACAAACAAACACAAAAUAAAAACUACUUUUAAUUAGUUUUGCUCAUAAAUCUAUAAAUAUGGAAUCUAAAAUGUGUUUAAACGACCUACGAAGUUACUCCCGUCACUGGCUAACAGAAUUCAUGGAAAUCUAUCGCACCGAGGAAUGCCUUUGGCAAGGCAAACAUCCCGACUAUGCUAACCAUGGUAUUCGAAACGCAUCCUAUGAUAAAUUGGUGAAAAAACUUAAAGAAGUCGAGCCUAAUCCAGAUAGAGCUAUGGUCGUGCGUAAAAUUAACUCACUGAGAUCAGCAUUUAGGCGAGAGUAUCGUAAGAAGAUAUCCAAGGACAACUACGAGUCAAGAUUGUGGUACUUUGAUAAACUGAUGUUCAUUGCUGAUCAGAAUCCGAAACGUUUGCAUAAUGCACAAAAGCGUGAACUCAAAAUAAAUUUUGAUGAUGACAGUAUGGACUACGAGCAGGAGGAGGAAUCUGAAAAACAUGAGAUUAAUCAGAUUGAGGAACAACACAUUGCACUCGCGACAGAACCGAUUCGUUGCCAUGUUAUAAAAUCUGAAAAUAACAACGGUGAUAGCUCCCUUCAGCAACAACAGAACCAAUCAAUUCCACAACAGCCACAACAGUCCUCACUCAAAGUCCUAGAUAUUACAUCGUUGGAUGUGAAUUCACAACGUGAGAUACAACAGGCCGUUGACUCUAUCGAACAACAACACCAACAGCAGCAGAUGCAAAAUGCCCACCACCAAGGUCAGCAAACACAAGUCACCCAGAUUCAUCAUCAACAAGUCCCUACCAUUCAAAUAUCCAGAGAACAUCUUCCGACUCUCUUCAACUCGACAACAUUCGAUCAUCCACGUCAAAAUGAUGAAUUCGAUGCCGUUGGCACAAAUGUAGCCAGUAAACUACGAGUCAUGAACCACACACAGAGAAUCAUCGCAGAAAAAGUAAUCAGUGACAUUCUUUUCAAUGGACAACUUGGCAAUUUGAAUAUUUCAUCAACUUUAGUAAAUUAAUAUAAGUAUACUACCUAGUAUUUUCUAUAUUUACCCAUCAUUUUAAAAGCUCCAGGAAUCAAAUUCCAGCUGAAAUGGUAUUCAUAUUUUGAAAAUUAUUCAUGUCUUCAUGUAAAACUUUAUGUAUAUAGAUAUAUAUACAAUAACAAUUUAAAUUUCAACAAAG